AUGAACAAAAUGCUCACAAAUUGUGCCCUUGCAAUGCUGAUUGACUCUGGGCUACCAAAGACCUAUUGGUCCCAUGCAUUCUGCACAGCAUCCUACCUCAUUGCAUGUGGUCCUGCAUUAGGAAUAAAGGGACAGACACUGUUUGAAAAACUCACCAGUUGCAAGGUCAAUAUCUUAGGUUUGAGAGCUUUUGGCUGCAGAGCCUACUCCCUGAUACCAAAAGACCAAUGA